UCUUUAGUAUAAUAUGGCCUUGUUUGAGUAUAUCACUUUAUUUGUAGUCAUUCUCUUCAUCAUAAUUUUAUAUAUAUGGAGAUGCAACAACAAUGUUCUUAUACCAAAUUGGCCAAUCAUUGGCAUGCUACCAUCAGUUUUGCAUAAUCAAUCCCAUAUUCAUGAUUUUGCAACUUUAGUUGUGAAACAUCAUGGAGGAACUUUUCAUUUCAAAGGACCUUGGUUCACAAACAUUGCCACCUUUAUCCUCACUAGUGAUCCCAUGAAUGUGCACCACAUCACCAGCAAGAAUUUCAUCAACUAUGGGAAAGGGUCUGAUUUCCAUGACAUAUUUGAAAACAUCGGUGUUGGCAUUUUCAAUUUGGAUUUCAACGAAUGGAAGCAAGAGAGAACACUACUUCAUUCAUUGCUCAAAACAAAAAGUUUUGAGAUAUCCCUUCAACAAAUAAUUCAACAGAAGCUGGAGAAUUGGCUAUUACCAUUUCUCGAUCAUCAUGCAUCAAACGGUGUACAAGUACUUGAUUUACAAGAUAUUCUUGAGAGGUUUACCUUUGAUAUAAGUUGCUCUUUUAUAUUUGGUAUUGAUCCCAUUUGCCAUCCUUACAAUUUCAAUGAAGUCUCAGAUAUUGCUUGUGUAAAAGCUAUUUCUGUGAUUGAGGAUACAAUGUUGUAUAGGCACUAUACUCCAAAACAUAUUUGGAAGUUACAAAAAUGGCUUCAAAUUGGUCAAGAGAAGAAAGGCAAGGUAGCUCAACAAAAUUUUGAACAAUUCCUGUCCAAAUGUAUAGCUACUUUCAAAGGUGAUGAAGAGAAUAGAAGAUUGAUAAGCAGUGAAGAUGUGGACGAAAGUCGUACAUGCUUGCUAAAGGAACUAAUAAUGAAGGGAGGCUUGGGAAAGGAUGAAGUGGUUGAGAAUGAGAAGUAUAUUAGUGACACUGCAGGAAAUCUCUUGAGUGCAGGAAGUGGAACAAUUAGUUCAGCUCUCAGUUGGUUGUUUUGGCUUGUUUCAACUCAUCCUAUAGUGGAAGCUAAAAUCAUUCAAGAGAUCAAAGAUAAGUAUUUAGCAGCACAAGAGGAGAAUUUCAUCACAAAUUCAAGUAUGGAUGACCUUGAUAAGCUAGUUUACCUUCAUGGAGCUAUAUGUGAAACCUUAAGGCUUUAUCCUCCUGUUCCAUUUGUGCACAAGUGUGCAGUCAAAUCUGAUAUACUACCUAGUGGAGACCAUGUUAGUGCAAAUACAAAGGUAAUAUAUUCUUUGUAUGCAAUGGGAAGGAUGGAACAAAUAUGGGGAAACGAUUGCUUGGAAUUUAAGCCAGAGAGAUGGAUAUCAGAUAGAGGAGAGAAUAUACAUGUGCCGUCUAACAAGUUCAUAGCAUUCAAUGCAGGUCCAAGAAGUUGUUUGGGAAAAGAUGUUACCUUAGUUCAAGUGAAAAUGGUUGCAGCUGCUAUGUUAUGGAAGUUUCAUAUAUAUGUUGUGGAAGGUCAAUCUGUAACUCCAAGGGUUUCUGCUGUACUUCGCAUGAAACAUGGUUUUAAGGUUAAAGUCAGUAAAAGAAGCAUAUGA